CCUGGUUGGCCCUGUCUGGGGUAUCUUUGGACUGGGCCACAUUGUCUAAGCACUGGGUUCUGUCUAAGCCCUUUGUGACAUUUACUGAUGAAAAAGGGCUUUAUAAAUAAAUAAAUUUGAUUGGUUGGUCUUAACUCAGAUAUACACAUACACCCAGCCCUCUAGCAACUGCAAGGAAAAGAGACAGAAGCAUGCAGAAGCCGUAGCGAAAGUGAAAAGAAUAAACAUGGAAGAGACAGAAAUAUGCAGAAGAUGUAGUGAAAGUAUCCUGUCAGAUGGUGACAAAGAAGUCCCCCUCUGAACCAGGGUGAAUGAAGAAAGCAAAGGGGGUAAACUAUAUAUUCUUCCCAGGUAUUUUCAUGAAGAGUUAUCACAAUCAUCAAAGGAAGCGUAUGUGUAAGAGGAAACGGCUUUUGAAGAGGCGGAAUGAGGCUCACCAGCACAAAAUAAAGUGAUUGCUUGCAGAAGCAGCAGGGAAAGUGGCUCCUCGGGUGGCUGUAAAGGAUUUCCCCUUUGGAGAGGAGCCCAAGAUCCAGAAGGAGUAACAAUGAUCGAUGGGGAGAAACUACAUGCUGACACUGUAGAAGAAGUGGUCCCUAAGAAGCUAGAUUUGUAAUGACACUAGCAAAGGAUUUGUUAUAGUUUAACCUCAUCCUUCAAAGCUUCAUGUUGAAGCUAUUUUCAGUGUAAUGUUUUGUAUUGUAUGUGGUAUGGGUAGGGCCAGUGGUCUUUCUUUACUAUUAUAUCUGCUCAGCAAACGCAUUUUCUCUCCUGUUAUAAACCAAAUCAUAAGGGUGUAGAGUUUACUUGAUCUGGUCAUGUGGUUAGGAAAGACCCCUGGCCCUGGGCAUAGUACAUGUGUGUCAAUGCAAUGAAAAGACCAUUGAUAACAUGCUUGCAAGUUCUCAUGCCUGAUAGCAAGAAAACUGCCCGUGUUUCAUUCCCCCACUUCAGUCUAUAGAUCAUCUUUUACUUUGUAUAUAUUUAAUUGAAUAAAAUAUUCUGUCUAAUAUUGUAAGUGUGGAGUAUGUCAAAGUAAUUUAACCAAGGCAUUAAGCUUCUCAUUUCUUUUCAGGCAUAACUUUCAUUGGUUUGGAAUUAGAAAAUGCCAUGUUCUUCGCACUCCGUUCUAUUGGUGGCAGUAUAGAUCCUAUGAAGCAGAAAUCAUAGAACAAUAGACGAUGUAGACAGGAAACGAGUUUGUUGGUUGACCAGUUGCCUUUAUAACAAAUUUAACCUAAUCUAUACAAUUUAUAUGAAAGUCAAAGCACUCCGAUUUUUAAGAGAGACUGGUAUGCUAGUUGUUUGACACCACAAGAUCCAGAAUGAGACGGUGAACAAAGACCUGCGCGAGGGUAGCAUCGAGUGAACCUGGAGUAUCAGCCCAGCUCAGGCACCUUGGCAGAAUGGAUCCAGAGAAGCACAGUCACCAGAGGGAGUAUAGAGAACCAAAGGCAUGCAGUCAGAGGAGAGAGUAUGAAGAACCAGAGAGGUACAGUCGGCGGAGGGAGUACGGAGGACUGAGCUCAGGACAAUGGGACGAUAGCCUUGAGAAGAGAGGCAAUGGCCAGGCUAUGCCCCGAGAGCCCUACAGCGAAUACUCCAGCAUGAGGCGAACUAGAGAAGGUGGGAAGGAGUAUGGUGCUUCCUCUGCUAUGAGCCACAUCAUAUACCCAUCAUCCAGAGACUGGAGCAAAGGCUCAUUGAGGGGUAGCAGUGGUCCCUUCUCCCCAGACACAGAUAGGGAUGUUGAUGGAGAUCCUGUGGAGCUCAGUGUGGAGGACCUGGAACUCGCUCGUAAGAAGAGGGAGUUGCAGGUCAUAGAGGAAAAGAUAGCUCGCAAGAAAGCUGUUCUUGCUCUGCAAAAAGUUAAACGCAGAGCUAAGGACAUGCCUGAAACACAGGCUGCAUCCGCAACAGCGAAGGGCAUGUCUAAACAGAGGAAGGUGAGCGAUACAACAUUCCAAAGAUACAGUAAUGUCGCGGACCAGUCGUCACGCAUAUGCCUACCUCUUAAACGGAGGGUGCUGGACAUUCUGAGUAAGCUCAGAAGAACACCGGUACGGUACCUACUGCGUAAGGAUACCCCUGCCAAGCUGAAGAAACAAAACAAGAUGCGAGCAUUGGAGCUGAUGAUUAGCGCUCCCCUAGAAAAUGAAGAGGCCCAUCCUCUGAGACUGAGAGUGAAGGGUUUAAUGAACCAACGACGCUCUCCCAACAAUGAGGUGGUCGCUAAUGAUAAACAACAUAAUCCAACCAUUCAGAGGCCAGUUCACUCACUCAGGACACAGGAGAAAGACAUAGCAGCCACAGGCUUCCAGCGCUUCCUCAAUGUCCUCAAUGAAGGUGUGGACCUCAACAAGCUCUCAAAGAUCGUCAACGACGAAAAUGAGCUACUCAUUGUGGGCGAGGAGCUACCACAAGUUUGGCCGACUCUGCUCGAGGGUCAUGUUGACUACAGCAGUAGGUCCAAGUCUUCUCCGUUUGAGGAGAAGAAGGUGAGGCUUGAGGAUGAGCAGCGGUACGAGCGGAUGCAGACCCUGCUGGAGAUCGUUGGGCUGGACUUGGGGGUUGAGGAGUUGGGUCGGCUGACAGACAGGACCAAUGAUAGGCUAUAUGGAAAGAUGGGAGACUUGAAAAGGGACAGAGCCAGAGAAGGGGAAAGUCCUGCGAGAGAGGGAUGCAGGCAAAGAUGCUCUAGUACCAGAGUCAGAGAAAGAGACAGAUCUGAGAGAAACCGAAAGGGAGACGGGCACAGACACUCCAGUACCAGAGAGAGCGACAAGGACAUACCGGUAGUCAGAGAAACAAACAGAUCAGAAAGGAACAGAGAUAAAGACGGGGACAGAGACCCAGAGAAGGACUGGGACGGAGGCCGAGAGAGAGACCGGGACAGAUCUAGGAGAGACGGGGGCAGAUACAGAUCUGAGAGAGAUGGGGACAGAGACCCAGAGAAAAGCAGAGACGGAGGCCGAGAGAAAGACCGGGACAAAAUGAGAGACCGGGACAGAUACAGAUCUGAGAGAGACAGAAAACGAGAGAUAGCCAAGGAUAUAGACAGGUGGCUGCAAAGGACCAGAGACGGAGACAAACGCUCUAGGACCAGAGACUGGGACAGAGAGAGAUCUGAGAGGGAUAGGUAUGGGGAUGAGUCCAGGGAACGCUCCAUUGAGCUCUACUCAUACUCCAUGGACCCUAUAUUCCCUGUUUCUCAUCCCCAUGCAUCUAUGAUGGCUACCUACUCCACCACCCAGUACUCUCAGUAUAUGGCAUACCACAGCAGCCCCUACACCAUGGCCUUCCCUCCAGGGUGCGGUUAUCCCGCUGGUACCAUGCCCCCUGGUAUUAUGCCCCCUGGUAUUAUGCCCCCUGGUAUUAUGCCCCCUGGUAUUAUGCCUCCUGGUACCAUGCUUCCUGGAAUCAUGCCAGCUGGUGCCAUGCUGCCUAGUAACAAGCCCCGCCAACCUAACCCCCCUGGGUAUCCACCCUACACCAACUUCCCCCCAUAUUACUCUAAUGGCACCACAGCCUUAAACCAGACAUACACAUACACCCAGCCUGCCAGCACUCGAGCAGUCUUAAGUCAGAGAUACACAUACAUCCAACCCACUAGAAACCGCAGGAAAAAGACACAGAAGCAUGCCAGAGGGAAAGUGUCCUGUCAGAUGAUGACAAAGAAGUCCCCCGCGGUUUUGACCACUCAGAUAGCGACAAAGAAGUACCCCCCUGAACCAGGGUCCAAGAUUAAAGCAAAGGGGAGAAACAAUAUAUUCUUCACAGGUAUAUUCAUGAAGAGUUAUCACAGUCAUCUAAGGAAGUUCCAGUAUUAUUUGAAACGGCUUGCGAAGAGGAGGAAUAAGGUUCACCAGCGCAAAAGAAAGCGAUUGCUUGCAGAAGCAGCAGGGAGAGUGGCCCCUCACUUCCCCUUUGAACCGGAGCCCAAGAAAGACGGGGAGAAACUACAUGCUGACACUUCUGAAGAAGUGGUUCCUCAGGAAGCUGCAAAGAAUGUGGAGGCACCAUCUGAAACAGGGCCUAAGAAAGAACCAGAAGGUGAGAAACUACAUGCUGACACUGCUGAAGAAGUGGUUCCUCAGGAAGCUGCAAAGAAUGUGGAGGCACCAUCUGAAACAGGGCCUAAGAAAGAACCAGAAGGUGAGAAACUACAUGCUGACACUGCUAAAGAAGUGGGCCCUCAGGAAGCUGCAAAGAAUGUGGAGGCACCAUCUGAAACAGGGCCUAAGAAAGAACCAGAAGGCGAGAAACAACAUGCUGAUGCUGCAGAGAAAGUGGCUCCUCAGGUGACUGCGAUGGACACUGUGGCCCCCUCUGAAAUGGGCCCCAAGAAAAAAAAGUUGUAUCCAGGUAUCUUCAUGAAGAUUCUAAUGAGACGUCUAAAGAGGCAACAGUGCAAGAUAAAAGGGAAGAAGAAGCAUUUUGCAAAGAGGAGGAAAAAGGCUUUCCAGUACAAGGGGAAGAGACCAUUGGUAGACACUAAGGAAAAAGUGCCUCUUCUAGAGGCUGCAAAGGACUCUGGGAACCCCUCUGAACCAUGGCCCAAGAAAAAGAAAAAAAAGAAAACACUAGAGGAAAAAGGAGGUAUAUACUACCCAGGGAUAUUCAUAAGGGUACACAGAACCUAUUUGACAAGGGGGAAACUGGCAAAAGCAGCUGCUGAAGGCACUGAGGCCAUUUCUGAACCAGCACCCAUGAUUGAAGGGGGGGGAGGAAUGACAGAAGGGGAGGAACUGCUUGCAGACACACUAGAGAAAGGGGUUCCUCAAGUGGCUACAAAUGACUCUGGGCUUCCCCCUGAACCAGGGCCCUACAAAGAACCAGAAAGAGAGGAAGAAACUAUGUUAGAAGAGGAGAAACUGCUUGCAGAUCAUGUGGCGAAAGUGUCUGUAAAGGGCCCUCAGGUCCUCUUGGAACCAAAGGCUGCGAAAGACAGAGAAGGAGAGGACGAUGCAAUUAUAGAUGGUGAGAAACUGCUAGCAGACCCUGUGGAGAAAGUGGCUAUAACAGGCCCUGGCUUGCUCUCUGAACCAGAGGCUGAGAAGGAGACAAGGGGAGAAACAACCAGUGGCAUGAGAAUUAAUGAAGGAAAAAUAAGCUUGAAGAGUUCAACCUGAAGAUGGGCACGCCUAACACAGCCUCAAAGGAUGGCUAGCUGUUAUCUUCACUUGGCAUCAUGAGCUCAUCGCACACUAGAAUAGAACCUGCUGCUGACCCAUCCAGACCCUAUGGACAUCAGUUGGCUUACAUUCUUACCUAUCAACCAUUUAAUAGAUUUGUAAUCACUAAAAAAAUAUUUGUUAAAGUUUAGCCUCAUCCUUAAAUGCUUUGUAUUGAAUUUAUUUUCAGUGUAACUUAUUGAUAUUGUGUGUGGGGUAUGGGUAGGGUCUAGCACAUUCAUAUAUGCUAAGUACCUUUAGCGCCGAUUGAUGAUAGUAUCUUCUGGCCGGGGGAGUUUAAUUAAGAGCCCCGACCCUUGCACUAAACAUUAACACGCAUCGCUUGCGGCCUGAUUUUGGAACAUAAGGAACUAUCUUUCAUAUCAGCGUUGGACAAAAAUGCACAUUUAUUGGGUUAGGGUUCCCACACGGCCAUAUUUCCAUGUUACAGUGCUUGUUUACGGAAAACGGACGGAAGACGGAGUCGACUACCUUUGCUAAUUACCGAUCUGCAUCUCCAAAACCCUGUGUGUAAACAGAAGAUGGACACCACAAACUCGUUGUCACUGAAAGAUACUGUCGGCUGCAACUGUUAAAACCGGUUUCAUAAACUGGGUGGUUUGAGGCAUGAAUUCGGAUUGGCUGAAAGCCAUGGUAUAUCAGACCAUAUACCAUGGGUAUGACUAAACAUUUAGUUUUACUGCUCUAAUUACAUUGGUAACCAGUUUAUAACAGCAAUAAGGCUCCUCUGGGGGUUUGAUGUAGGGCCAAUAUACCACGGCUAAGGGCUGUGUCCAGGCACUUCGUGUUGCGUCGUGCUUAAGAACAGUCCUUAGCCCUGGUAUAUUGGCCAUAUACCACAACUCCUCGGGCCUUAUUGCUUAAAUAACAGAGUAAGUGUACAUUUUGCAUAUGAAAGUAGAUGCCUUGAUGUUUCUAGAACCGUACUGCAAUUUAGAUGGGAGUAUUUGGCUGCCAGAGACAAUUUUCCUGUUCUAAACCAAAUAAGGGCCUGGAGUUUAUUUGGUCUGGUCAUGUGGUCAAGAAAAAUUCCUGGCCCUAGAUAUAGUACAUGUGUAUCAAUGGGAUGAAAAUACUAUUGACGGCAUUAUGUUUGUAAGUUAUCAUGCCUGAUAGCUAAAAGUAAGAACUGCCCAUGUUUCAUUCCCCAGUGCAGUCAGCCCUCCUAUUUCUAUAGAUCUUUCACUUUGUAAAUAUGUAAUUGAAUAAAAUAUUCGGUCUAUUGUAA